CACACACACACACACGCACGCACUCACACACGCACGGCUCAGCUGGAUCUGGAUGCUGGCAUCCUCCUGGAUUCUGCUCUCGGCUCACACGGGCCCUCCAGCACGGGAAGGAGAAGAAACUUAGCGGGACAGCGAUGGUGCUCGCCUCGGCGGCGGAAUAUGUGGCUGCUGGCCGUGUAGGGGAGCCGGGGACGCGGUCAAUGUGACAUUCGCCCGCACGGUCGCGUUGGCUUUAUUGUUCUGGGUCCUGUGUCCUGUGUGCAGACGCAGAGCAGCGAUCCUCUCUCUCUCUCUGGGAAGAUGUUGAGCCGAUUCAUGAGUGGCAGCAUCAGGAACCUGGAGCGGGAGUACAGCUGCACCGUGAGACUGCUGGACGACACGGAGUACACAUGCACCAUUCAGCGUGAUGCAAAGGGACAGUAUCUGUUUGACCUCAUCUGCCACCACCUCAACUUGCUGGAGAAAGACUAUUUUGGCAUCAGAUAUGUGGAUCCGGACAAACAGCGGCACUGGUUGGAGUUCACAAAAUCAAUUGCAAAGCAAAUGAAAUCUCAACCUCCGUUCACCAUGUGUCUGAGAGUCAAGUUCUACCCUCCCGAUCCUGCUGCUCUGAAGGAGGAGAUCACUCGAUAUCUUGUCUUCCUGCAAAUCAAGAGAGACCUCUACCACGGUCGGCUCCUGUGUAAAACCUCGGAUGCGGCCAUGCUGGCUGCACACAUCCUUCAAGCUGAGAUCGGUGAUUACGACCCCGGCAAACAUCCUGAAGGUUACAGCUCCAAAUUCCACUUUUUCCCCAAACACUCAGAGAAGCUGGAGCGCCGGAUAGCCGAUAUACACAAGACGGAGUUGAUUGGACAGACACCUGAAACAUCAGAGCGAAAUUUCCUGCAGAAAGCCCAGAUGCUGGAGACAUAUGGUGUUGAUCCGCAUCCGUGCAAGGACGUGUCUGGGAACCCAGCGUUCCUCGCCUUCACGCCGUUUGGUUUUGUGGUGCUUCAGGGGAACAAGCAAGUCCAUUUUCUCAAAUGGGACGAGGUGACCAAACUGAAGUUCGAAGGCAAGACGUUCCACGUUCAUGCAAAUCAGAAGGAGGACAAAAAGAUCAUCUUGACAUAUUUCGCACCCACUCCGGAGGCAUGCAAGCACCUUUGGAAAUGCGGAGUGGAGAAUCAAGCAUUCUAUAAGCUUGAGAAGUCCAGUCAGGUUCGGACGGUGUCCAGCAGCAACCUGUUCUUCAAGGGCAGCCGUUUUCGUUACAGUGGACGAGUGGCUAAAGAGGUGAUGGAGCAGAGUGCCAAAAUCAAACGCGAACCUCCAGAAAUACACAGGGCUGGCCUCGUGCCCAGCAGAAGUUGUCCAUCCAUCACCCACGGACCUCGCCUCACCAGUGUGCCGCGCACGCGUCGGAGAGCUGUGCACAUAUCUAUCAUGGAGGGCUGGACAGUGAGAAUGCUUGUUUCUACGUCAACCUCAUCCACUGACAAGUCAUUUACAUUGCUACACAAGAGGCACUUCCAUAAGAGCUUCCCACCCCCAGUGUGUGCUGACUGGGUGCCUUACAGUGCCAUGGUGAAGUGUCUGAUCCGUAUCACCACCCGGGUGAACGUCCACCUGCGUAUGAUCAACCACUGCUACCGGGAUGUAAAAGUUCGCGUGCUGAGCCUGGGGCCCCGCAUGCUGGGCAAAGCCCUGGGCGUUCUUCCCCUGUACCCUGCUCUGAUGGGGCAGCAGGAGUCAGCCAGCGCCACCCCUCUCCCUGGCACUCCGCUGCCCUGUGUUCAGCCCAGCAAACCUCCAGUAUUUCAAAAUAAAGGCUUUAAAAUUGGGAAGUACUACCUAAAACUUUUUGCUGCCUCACUGCGGCAGAUCAACACUAAUGGACGAGUGGCUAAAGAGGUGAUGGAGCAGAGUGCCAAAAUCAAACGCGAACCUCCAGAAAUACACAGGGCUGGCCUCGUGCCCAGCAGAAGUUGUCCAUCCAUCACCCACGGACCUCGCCUCACCAGUGUGCCGCGCACGCGUCGGAGAGCUGUGCACAUAUCUAUCAUGGAGGGUCUGGAGUCCUUGCGUGACAGUGCCCACUCCACACCGGUGCGUUCAGUGUCCCAUAGUGAAUCAUUCAUGCCGCGUUCGCGGAGCCAGGCCACAGACGCCAGUGACGGCACGGCGGUGAUCUCGGACGAGGCCUACAGCCCCUCCGACAGCGUCCUGCCCACCCCGGUGGCCGAGCACAGCAUGGACCCGGCUGUCUCGCGCCAGAUCAACGGGGCACCCUGCAGCAUCGAAGAGGAGAAGGAGUCGGAGGCGGGCACCCCCAUGCGCGGGGAAGGGGGUGAUUUUGGUGCGGACGGUAGAUCCGCACAGGAGGGGGGGGACUCAGCCCUCAGCGAGGUGGAACAGGUGAAUAAGUUUGUCUUAAGUGUCCUCCGUUUGCUGCUUGUGACCAUUGGACUCCUCUUUGUCUUGCUCCUCCUCCUCAUCAUCCUCACCGAGUCAGACCUUGACGUAGCAUUUUUACGUGACAUCCGCCAGACCCCCGAGUUUGAGCAGUUCCAUUACGAAUAUUUUUGUCCCCUCAGGCGGUGGUUUGCCUGCAAGCUCCGCUGGGUGGGCGGGUUGCUCAUUAACAAGUGAGAGUGAGGUCGUAGCGUUCGUAAGCCCGUUCGGGGGUCUGAGAAGACGGUUAGGACUCCAGAGGGAUGGAGGAGGGCGGCUUCGUCCCAACCAUGAACCCUGCUUCUCCCAUCGUCCUCCUGCAGACAUACAGCUUGGACCACUUCUGCUAACACCAGGCCAGGAUCUCUCUCCCCCUCCUCCACUUUAAGUUACUCCCCUCCUCAACAUCCAACCACCACCUACUCGUUUCGCUUCUUUUAUUCGCUUUUUCUUUCUUUUUUUUCUACAAAGCCAGAGGACAUUUUUUUUGCAUUUUUUAAAUUUUAUUUCAAGUCAUUUCAGGUAUUUUUAUUUUUUCAAAUAACAUAAAGGAAAAAAAUUAAAACUGAAACUAAAGAACUGAAGAAUUUUCAACCGUCCCUUUUACAGGAACUGGAGAUUUUGUCGCAAUGGAUGAACGUUGCCUUCAGUUAUUAUUUAUUGCUGUCAAACAUAUAUUUUCAUUAGAAGAGGAGAAGAGAAGAUGAGGUGAUCGAGGAAGUUGUCAUGAAAAGAUGGAAGUGAGUUUGGUUAGAGUUGAUAAACUGCUGAGAUUCAUAUUUGAGGAAGAGUAAUGUAAAAAUCUUCUGAUACUGAUCCAUCCCCAUCAGACGACAGCUGGACAAACAGCAGGAAAAACUAAAUAGGAAUAAUAGUGAAGGUUGGUGAAACAGGGAAAAGUCCGGGUGAUUACCAAAUGCCUUUUUCGAGAGGAAGUUGAAGACUGUUUGCCGUUUUGAAUUUUGUGGAUGGUUUUAAGACACAAUUACACUUUAGUGUAUUAGCGUGUACAAAGUUACUGGUGAGUUUUUUUCUAAGGCUAUGGUAAAAUAAAACCAGUACCAAUAGUGUUAUGUGACGCAGUCGUGUCAGAUGAGGUUAGACAUGUUCAAUGAAGAGCAAAGAUUCACCGGCACCAGUAGAUAAUAGUCUAGAUAGAUGUGCAAUGCUCAGAUGGUUUAAAUAAUGAAGAACUUUUAAAAUGUCCUCAGUUGUUCAGUCGUUCUGUUUAUUUCUCCGAUUCAUUUGAUUUGCAUUUUCUCAUCAAGUUGAAAUUCGAUGAAUUUCAAUGAUUUCUAUGUAUGGAGAGUUAAUGAUUUAUUUUGGUUUCAUAUCAACCAUGCUCUUAGGUUUAUGUAUCAUACUAUAUUAUUAUUAUUACUAGAAUGAGAGUAACGAUGUACUUUUUGUACAAAUUAGUUUGUUUCCUAAUAUAUAUUGAGGUUUUCCAUGUAUAUUUUAACAGAACUGAAAUGUUAUUUUGUUAUUGAAGAUUAAAUUAUACUUUUUUUAGCACUGUGUUUCAAGUAAGGUCAGAAGAAUUCACGUAAAUGAGGAAGUGUUUUUAUCCAGAUCCACUGAUCACAACUCUCAUCCCUUGACCAGCAGUGAACCAGUUUUAAACAUGUAUUUUUACAGUAACAUAUGGAGAUAUCAUUAUACUACAUAUGCCAAUAUACCAAAUAAUCCAAAAUCAUAUAUUCACUUUCAUAACACUAACAUUUCUUACUGUACUUGAAGAGUUUGUAGAGGUGACAUGAGCCUGACCAGUGACACAGAGUCAGAGCAAAACAAUUAAAACUUCCCACUAAAAAUUCAGUUGAAAUUUUAAAAUUCAUUAUAUUUCUAAAAUUGUAUUAAUUCAUUUAAAUGUCUAAAACUAUAGCUGAAGCUGAUUCAUUGAUUGAGUAUUGAUUGAGCAUAAACUUGCAUUUAUUUUGAGAAUUUCACAAUUAUUUCAAGCAAAAUUCCAGAAAAAAAAGUGUGAGGAUUUUCUGUUUUUUUUAAAUUACAAAAUGUAUGUUUCUAUGACAGAAUCCAAAUGAUUAAUUGAUGAUCUCAAACUUGGCAGAUUCAUUGAUGAAUGAAACUUUAAAAUUUUUUUCCUAACUUGCAAGUAACGAGAAGAAAUGGGCAUUUAGUUCAUUUCUUCCCUUUAAAUUUUUUUCUAUGCCACCAGCAACAAUAACAGUAGAUAUCACUAUAUUUAUAAUAAGCCUAUCUUCAAAAAUAUUUUUUUGAUUGGUCGGUCAGGCUCUGGAUUUGUUAGCCUUGUAGUUCCAGGGAGCAGUUACCACUCCUGACUGCUGGAUUCUGGGUAAAAAUCUGUUGUGCUGUGUGUUUACCUCCUGUACCAAGUGCAGGUUGUUAAGUGUUAUUGUGUUUGUAAGAAGGAAUGGAAAUUGAGGUGACAGCUGUUGACAUCCAGAAAGAGAAGAGAAACUAAAAAAGUCAAAUUUCCAUAUUUUGCUAUGAAAGGAGGAGGAAAAUUGGAAAGGCGUGAAAUGUAAGCGAGGACUGAGGGAAAUGAGAUGACCAGUCUGCUUCUUUGAAAGUGGGAUUUUAAAAAGCGUGUGGUGACUCACCACUCUAAUGGCUGUACAGGGUUGCUUGUCUUGCUUGUCUUGCUUGUUUUUAGUCUAUUUCAAACCCCACAUCCCGACUGCACCAGCACCUGCAGCUGCUGCACAGAUGCAGCCCAGACGGUGCUAAACCUACUUCUGUAUUUGUAAUCCGAGCCUGUCAGUCCUCGGCUACAGUCUUAGCCCUGACCGCAGAGCAGCCUGCACUUUGGCGUUGUGGCUGGAUCCACUCCUCUGGCUCGUUAUCCUUUACAAACCAUCGUUAUCUGUGGUGGAGGGAGCAGGCAACAUCUGACCAUUAGAGCAGAGCUGGAAAGCAACCAGUCAUAUGUAGGAGCUUAUUUAUAUCAAAUGAACUUGGAUCCAUUACAGCAGAUGCAAUGAUAAAGCACAGCUCUCCCAACAAGGAGUGAGUGAGUGUUUUUUUUUGUCAUAAUUAAUAUUUAUUACUUCUUUUACUGAUAUAAAGGUCAAAGUGACUUGGCCAGUGCAGCCAGGCCGAGUUGUUAGCAGGACGUCUUUUAAAGAUCAGUGUGCAGAGGUGUUUCUCAUCCAUCAGGACAGGUUUACACAUCAGCCUUAUGUAGCUUCUCUGAACAUGCAACAGUUUCUAAAAUCAAAGGCAGCAUUAUUCAAGGAGCAAUAAUCCGCUGUAAGAGCAAAAAGAUGUGAUGUUAAGUGUUUGGAAAUCCAAUGGUGAAUUAUGUCCUUUUUCUGUCUUGGAAACCACUUUUACCAAAUUGCUGUACUCUUAAAAACCAUGUGACCACUGAGACACUUAGUUACAGCUGCGUUCAGUUAUGACAUUUUAUAAAAAUCCUUUUCCCCUUGGA